AUGAUGCAGUGGUCGUCCUUCGUUCAAAAAGCCCAGUCCUUCAUUGACCCGGCCAACUUCAACCUUCCCACCUUGACAUCCGUCGAUCGUAACCCCUCGAAAGCCUCCCUCUUCCGUCAGCAAUUCCGUCUCCCGGACUCCCAGAAUCCGCUGCAGGAAAUUACUGCAGAAUUAAUCCUUCCGCUCCCACACACAGCUUCAUCAUCAUCGUCGCAACCGCUCGACCGGGCCGGAAACCGCUAUCCCGGGAGACUGCACUUGAGCGAACGGUUCAUUUGCUUCUCUACCCAGCCCACCAGCUUCGCGCCGUCCGCAACCCUCGGUGCCUCUACCCAGUGGACCGGCCAGACAAACGGCACUGGACCGUCGGGCAAUGGAUUCACAAUCCCGCUUUGCUGUAUUCGCCGGGUGGAGCGAUUGAAUAGUCUUGGCCAUGUAUUCUCCCUUGCGCUGACCACGUGGAACGGUGCGCUUGGAAAGCAACCCACUCCGAACUCGUCCCCGCAGAGAUUCACUAUCCAGCUGGUUGGGAGCAGGCAGGCCUGCGAACGGUUUUGUGAUGGUUUGAAGAAGGGUUUGCGGGAAUCGAUGAAGGAGAUUGAGAACCUACGAGUUGUCGUGAAUGACUGUUACUCAGAAUAUCUUCUUUCCGGUGCAAAGUCGAAGGAUCAAGACUCAGGGAACGCGGAAGCGCGACUGCCUCCAGACGCUGGGUUGGGAAUGAUCUUCCGCUAUCCUGGUGAUGCCCGCAAACUCCGGGACCGCAGCAAAAUGAGACUAUGGGGAGAAUACUUUAGAGAAAAUGGCCGGAAUGCGACAUUAAUUCGGCAACCGACCUUUCACAAGCUGAUUCGUGUCGGUCUACCAAACCGACUGCGUGGAGAGAUAUGGGAGUUGGCUUCGGGGUCAUUGUACCUCCGUCUGAGAUCCCCAAAGCUCUAUGCAGCCACACUCGCCAAGUUCUCCGGCCAGGAGUCCUUGGCGAUUGACGAGAUUGAGAAGGAUCUAAACCGCAGUCUCCCGGAGUACCCCGGCUUUCAGAGCGAGGAGGGCAUCGGCCGGCUUCGAAGAGUCCUCACAGCCUAUAGUUGGAUCAACGCCGAGAUUGGAUAUUGUCAGGCCAUGAAUAUUGUUGUUGCAGCUUUGUUGAUAUAUAUGUCAGAAACGCAGGCUUUCUUUCUCUUGUCCGUGCUAUGCGACCGACUUGUACCAGGAUACUAUUCGACUACCAUGUACGGCACCCUGCUGGAUCAAAAGGUGUUCGAAUCGCUUGUGGAGAAGACCAUGCCAGUCCUUUGGGAGCAUCUCUCCAAAUCUGACGUCCAGCUCUCUGUCGUUUCCCUACCCUGGUUUCUCUCCUUAUAUAUCAACUCUAUGCCGCUAGUCUUCGCUUUUAGGGUCUUGGAUGUAUUUUUCCUAGAAGGGCCAAAGGUUCUGUUCCAAGUUGGUCUCGCUAUUCUCCGGAUCAAUGGCGAAGAGCUGCUGGAUGUGCAGGAUGAUGGAUCCUUCAUCUCCGUGCUCAAAUCGUAUUUCUCACGCCUGGAUGAGUCGGCUCAUCCCAGAUCCGAAAAUCCGAAAUUGAGAGCUAUCACCCGGUUCCAAGAGCUGAUGGUUGUAGCCUUCAAAGAAUUUUCGGGUAUCACUCACAGCACCAUCACGGAGCAGCGCGACAAGCACAAGGACGCAGUCCUUGAAAAUAUCGAGAGCUUUGCCAAGCGUACAUCUAUCCGAAACCUCGGACCAGACAGUAAACGACUGAGCAUGGAUGAUCUGGGUAUGAUCUACGAUCGUUUCUAUGAAGUGCUUUAUGAGCACCAGCAGAAGCAAACUCUACUCGACGAAGAGAAAAAGCGCCAGGAAAAGAAGAAAGCCGAACGGGUCUCUAUACUUGGCCCCCCUGUUGAUCGAGAAGUCGGCCGAGUUGGCCUUGGACCUAGCCCGACUCAUAUGGACUACGAUGCUUUCCGUGAUUUCCUCGCAGUAACAGCGAAAUGGGCCGUGACUGACUCUCCUGCACCGUCGCGGAAGGAAUCAUCAGCAGACCUAAAUAGCAGCUUCAGAGGAUUCGGUAAAUGGGCAGCUCGCCCGGGUAACAAACCAGUGCCCGCAAACCACGAGUUCAUGCAACGACUAUAUCGCAAAUGGGCUACUGAGCCGUCUGAAGGACUCAGCUUGCAGAAUGUGGUCAAUGGGCUCGCGCGACUGAAGGGGACCCGGGAUAUCAUGAACAGCAUGCAGUACUUUUUUGACCUGUACGACGAUAAUGGCGAUGGCAUGGUCGAUCGAGAAGGCAUCCUCAGGAUGUCAGAGGCUCUGCUUUUCCUCUCUCGGCGAGGGUUCGAGGGAACCAUCACACCUAGCCAAUCUACGGAGGACAUCAACGGUGCACAGAACCGGGAUCAUCCAGAUCAGGAUAAGCUGAGUACCGACGAGCGGUUUUUAGGAAGCGUCAGUUCUUUUAUCCGCCGUUGUUUCGAGUAUGCCGAUCCUACAAACCCAGAAGGCAGGGCGACCGAGGACAAGGAUACGGAGGAAGCGGCGGACAAGUUGGGAUCAUUUGCCAUCGGCGACGACGAUGAAGAAGAUUUGAUCGAAAUGGAAGAAGAGACCACCGCGAAGCAAGCAUCUAAUACACUCGAUGCGGCAGAGAAGAAGGGGGAGCAGGAUGCCGACGCGCAGCACAACCGAAAGACUUCCGAAGCUGCCAAUCCGGCUCUCGACCCCAACAAUCCCCUACACAUUACCCUCCCCACUUUCCGCAUGGUUAUCCUGGCCGACGAACUCCUGGAGCAAUUCUUCGAAUCCUUCUUCCCUCAGUCAUUCCGUCUUUCCGAUCAUCCUCACCCCGCAUCCACGACGGCGUCUCUCUCCUCCAACCUCACUACAUUCUCCAACCUCAACGCCGCCAAACCCCAAGUCAGCGCCACCGCCGGAGCCUCAGUCGCCGGCGCCUCUGGAGGCAUCGUGCCCCCCGGCAAAGGCCUCCGCGGUGUUCUGGACAAUAUCGUCUCGGACGGCAUCCGCAUGGCAGCCGAGGUCAAGAAGAGAAUGGACGAAGCGCAACGCGAACUGGAACGCAACGCUCUCGGCCGCGAAGAAGAAGACGACGAAGACGAGGACGAGGACUAUGAGCCCCGCGCCGGCGCCGCCCCCUCCCCAGCCAUGGUCGGUGGGAUCGGCGGCUGGGGCGCCGGCGCAUAUGGCGCAGACAUCGAACACCGCAGCGUCCGCGACGCAGACCGGGACCUGCUCGAGGGCGCAGAAGUCCUCAGCGUGCGCGGCCGCGACGACGCAUCCCUCUUCGACGGCAAAGACGGCCACGCCGGGGACGCGAGUAGCGGUAGCGGCAGCGGCAGCGGCAGCGGCAGCCGUGCAGCCCGACGGCCGUCGGAUCCCGAACAGGAAGAUCGGGUUGCCAGCAAGACGGUUGAAUUCGAAUCAUAG